CUCUUACUUUUAAAGGUGAAAAAUGUAGUGGUGGAAAGCAUAGUAAAGAUAGAAUCACCUUACUUGUAGGAUCAAACAUGGAUGGCACAGAGAAAUUACCAUUACUAAUGAUAGGAAAAUCUCGAAGUCCAAGGUGUUUCAAAAAUGUCAAAUCAAAGCCUAUAGAAUACCUUUCUAACACAAAAGCAUGGAUGAAGGCGCAUAUUUUUGAAGAAUGGCUACUUGAUCUAAAUCGCACAUACCAAAGAAAAAACAGAAAAAUCAUCCUGUUUAUUGAUAACUGCACUGCUCAUAAAUCGAUACCCACUAUGGAAAAUAUCACGGUUGUUUUUUUCCCGCCAAACAUGACAUCAGUGGUGCAACCAAUGGACCACGGCAUCAUUAAAAAUCUGAAGCAUUUUUACAGAUGUCUAGUCGUUCAACACCUCCUUACUGAAUCUUCCCAAAAGCUUCCCAUUACUCUCCUCGAUGCUUCAAGAAUGUGUUUAAAUGCAUGGUCCAAAGUCAGCAAAAAAACAAUAGCAAAUUGUUUUCGGAAGGCAGGAUUCAUCAGGAACACAGUCCCGAGCGAACUUUUUAAUGAAGAAAAUUUACCUCUCCCAGUUGCAUGGGAAGACAACAUUCCGUUCGAUGAUUACGUCAGUAUGGAUGAAAAUAUAGACAUUUGUGGAGAAUUAUCGGAUAAAGAUAUUCUAUCUGAAGUUCUAAACAAUCAGAAUAUUACAACAGAAGACGAAGAAGAUAUUGAAGAUGAGGUAGAAGAACAGAGGCCAAUUCCAACUUCAAGUGAGGCAGUCGUUCAUUUAUCAGAAUAUCGACGCUAUGCAGAAGGACAAUCUGACGUAAGUGAAGCUGUGUUUAGAGCUAUAAAUAUUCUUGAAGAUUUUGUUAGAAAAAAUCAAGCAAGCUCUUUAAAGCAAUCUGAUAUAGCUAAAUAUUUUAAAAAAUUGUAACGUUUUAAUUUAAAAUUAAUAAACAAUCUUUGCUUCGCAAUUUCUGUUACGAGUAAUUAUUUUAAGACAUAAAAAUAACAUUGUUUGGAUAAUUCGAAGUUUCGCAGA